AUGCCCAAGAGACACUACCGGGCCUGGACUCCCGGCGAGGAACAUGACUACCCAUCAUGGUCUUUGCGGACCAAAUAUCGACUGCUGGAGAAGGACAUCCGACGGCACCGCCAUCCAAAUUGCAAACCCCCAUCGCGGCUCAGGCGUCGCAUCCCCCCGAGACAGGAUCAUCGCCAGCGGAAAGCUUGGCCCAGUCCUAUCUCGAUCGGCACCCCCGCGCCUUCCGAGCAUCGUUUAGACGACCCGAGCGCGGUAGCGAUGCCGGCGAUGAGGCCACGGACCCCUACACGCGUAUCCGGUCACCAGAACCAGAAUCAGACCGCACCGUCGACCUGGGCUUCAAAAUUGACCUCCCAGUUCUCAGCCGAACGUGGGAGCCACAUGUGUUUGAUGCGUGGGCUUGUUGAAGGCUGGGGUAAUUCUCCCAGUAAGAGCAUGCCCCCGUGCCGUGAUCGAAGCCCUCUGACACUCACAACCUUCUUAGGAGCAGGAAACGGAAGUGAACGGAGAGCAUCCCCUCGGGCAUCAACUACAUCUGACAAGAUCGAUCGGCUGUGGCGGUCGGCAUACCGUGUCUCCGGUCGCACGAGGCAGUAG